AUGCACCAGCAAGAGAUGAACCAAUGGUCGGUGGCGGGUUCUGAUACUCACGUUUGUCGGCGUUCCGCGGGACUUCUCCUCUUUCUAACUCUCGCCCCGUUCCCUCCCGAACAGGUCUCCUUCGCCAAGGUUCUCCUGGGGCUCUUCGGCUUGGCAGUGGUCGUGGUUCUGAUCGUGGUGCCCACCGUGGUCUUCCUCAAAGAGAAGGAUGCGACCAACACGAGAACUUUCUCCCUGGAGGAUGUCUUCAACAGCUCAUUGAGACCAAAGUCCUACAGCAUAAGAUGGAUUUCAGAUUACGAGUAUCUGCACAAAUCAAACGGCUCCGUCUUCCUCCACAACGUAGCCAAAAAUGAAGUAUCUGAAUUCCUGAACCACAAUAAUAUGACUGCAAAAGACACUUAUGAUUACCAGCUGUCUGCUGACCGCAAAUAUGUUGCAUUCAUGAGCAACUACACUAAGCUCUGGAGACAUUCAUUUACGGCUUCAUAUUCACUGUAUGACCGAACGUUAAACAAAUUUGUUACUGCUGGCAUUCCUGAUGAUGUCCAGUACUUUGCCUGGGCCCCUGAAGGGAAUAAACUGGCCUACGUUUGGGAGAAUAACGUGUAUAUAAAAACAAGUCCAGAGUCACCACCGCAGCAAGUCACUUCCAUCAGAGAGACUGAUAUUAUUUUAAAUGGGAUCCCUGACUGGGUGUAUGAGGAGGAGAUGUUUUCAUCCAACCAAGGCCUUUGGUGGUCACCCGGGGGGAAGUAUGUGGCCUACGCCGAGUUCAAUGACACUGAGGUGCACACUAUAGAGUACACCUGGUACGGCGAGAACCAGUACCCCAUCACUGUUUCCAUUCCAUACCCUAAGGCAGGAACUCCCAACCCUGUUGUGAAACUGUUUGUUGUGGACACGGAUAACACCACAAAAAUCACUGAAGUUGUUGUUCCAGCCCUAUUCAGCUCAGUUGACCACUACUUGGCCUCUGUGACCUGGGUGACUGAUGAUCGUUUGGCUGUCCAGUGGUUAAAGCGAGUACAAAACCACCUUAUCCUUCAGAUUUACAACUGGAAUGGAUCUACCAGUAGUUGGGAUCCUGUUGAGAAACUGGACGUGACGAGUUCUGGCUGGAUUGGACGGUUUUCCCCAUCAGAGCCAGUGUUUGCUGUGGACAAGAGAAGCUACUACCUGAUCAUGAGCGACAGCAGCAGAUACAAGCACAUCCAUCACGUGGUUCAGGGAGUUGCUACACCCAUCACCAGGGGAUCCUGGGAAGUAAUUGAUAUCCUGAAAGUCACUGCAGAGAGUGUGUAUUAUUCAAGUAACGAAAACGACAACAAACCAGGAGGAAGGAACAUUUACAAGUGGACCAACGAUGACAUCAGCUGUCUAACUUGCUCUUUUCAUUCAGACUGUGAAUAUAACUCCGCUUACUUCAGCCACAAUGCCUCCUACUACCAUUUGAGCUGCAGUGGUCCAGACAUUCCCAAGUAUUUUCUAAUGGAUACCAGAAGCAAUACACAGAUCAAGCCUUUGGAGGAAAACAAAGUAUUUAAGGACCUGAUAUCCCAAAUCGCAAUGCCUACAAUCCGCCGAGGGACCAUCAAACUUGACAAAUACAAUCUUUGGUAUCAGAUGGUUUUACCUCCUGGUUUUGAUGAGUCGAAGAAGUACCCUUUACUGAUAGACGUGUACGCAGGUCCCUGCAGUCAGAAAGUAGACCUCAGAUACAGGGUGGGCUGGUCCACCUACCUGGCCAGUACUGAGAAAAUCAUCGUCGCAAGCUUUGAUGGAAGAGGAAGCGGUUACCAAGGCGACCAGUUAAUGCAUGAAAUCUACAAACGUCUGGGAACCUACGAGGUGGAAGAUCAGAUAACGGCGACUAGAGAAUUCAUCAAAAUGGGCUUCAUUGACAAAAACAGAGUUGCUAUAUGGGGAUGGUCCUACGGUGGAUAUGUUACUUCUAUGGUCUUGGGUUCCGGCAGCGGAGUUUUCAAAUGUGGAAUGGCUGUCGCUCCAGUGUCCAAAUGGGAAUAUUAUGAUUCCAUCUACACAGAGCGUUAUAUGAUGCAGCCGUCAGAGAAUUUUGAUGCUUAUGCUACCUCAACAGUAAUGGCCAGAGCCAAGAAUUUCCAUUCGGUGGACUAUCUUCUGAUUCAUGGAACAGCUGAUGACAACGUUCAUUUCCAGCAAGCUGCGGAGAUCUCCGAAGCUUUGGUGCUUGAGAAGGUGGACUUCGAGGCCAUGUGGUACACCGACAAGGAUCAUGGGCUGGAUGGUUCGGCCAAUCAGCAUGUCUACAAUCACAUGUCCCACUUCCUGAAGAGGUGCUUUGCCUGAAUUUCAUCAAACUAUUUAAGAUUGUCUUUGUAGUUUAAACUAUGCUCUUAUUUGGGAGCAGGAACGUAAAAAGCACAAAGUUGUCCAAGCCAUAAAUUAUUAUUCGUACCGGUGAAAUCUUGUCUCGCAUACAUCAAGAUGUGCAAACUCCACAAUAUCUGACAAUCAGAAAUAAUUUUUCUUGUACCAAAUGUUCAGGAAUAAGUUAUGUAUUUUAUUCAGUGUGUAAAUUUUCUAUUUAAAGAUGUUUUAACUUGAUGACAACUCGCCAGUGAUGUUAAAAAUAU